ACAAUUCGGGUGUAACAACAGCAUUUCUUCUGCACGUACUGUUGAACGGAGAUUUUUACGUUUAUCAUUGCUAACACUUCUGUUGUGGAUUUAUGCCUGUGCAAUUUCUUUCAAGACACCCAGUGUAAAUAUUGCAUUUUCCUCCCAGCAGGGUUGAAAGGGUAAGUCGAAAUGGCACUCAUGAAUCUGGGCGUUAAGGCGCUACUUGGCUGGAUAAGUAAUCUCACGUUGCCCCACCGAGCGAUCAAAAACAUCGAAGAGUUACAGAAUGGGGAGUUGCUGCUUCAUGUUGUUUAUCAAAUGAAAAAGGAACAACCUCCUUCAAUAACAUCACCGAGAGAACGUUUUAAAGCCAUUGCAGAAUUUGUGGAGAAGGUUUGCAGAUUCAGCGCGACCCAAAGUUGUUCAUUAUCCUGGGACAACAUAAAUAAUGGAAUCAACUUGACUUUGGAAAUAGCAAAGGUGCUGUUGUUGCUGGUUUACCAUGACAUGAUGAGUGAACGGUGCACACUUAAAACCUUGGACUGUGAGGUGGAGGGGGAGAUUGCAAAUCUGACUGUUUCUUAUGUGAUGGAGAAUGAGGGCAGAGUUUAUAUGAGUAGUAGUCUUGAUGCCUACUUGGCAAGGCAAUAUUUGCCUGUGACUCCUGAAAUAUUCGCUAGAACGACAAGCACCUCUACUUCCAGUUUAUCGACAGCCUCUACACUCUCCGAUGAAGACUCCCCGGUGUUCCAUCGCACAAAGAAAAUCACCUUUGUCGAUAUGCACACUGUGGCAUCAUCUUCUUCCAGCAAAUCUCCUCUUCAAGAUAUAAUGAACACUCCCAAAUUCCAGUUGAGGAAGAUUCAGCGGGAGAUGAUCAGAGAGCGAGAUUAUAGGGAUGGACUGGAGAAGGAGCUCGCUGGGAAAAUUAGCCUCAUUGCACAAAGAGAAUCUCACAUUAACCAGCUGCAGUAUCAUUUGGACAAGAUGAAAAGGGAACAAACAGCUAAUGAGCUCAGCACCAGGGAACAAAUCAAUGAACUUGAGACAAAGAAUAGCUUGUUACAACAGCGACUCAACGAGCUUCUAAAAGAAAACAAAGAGGGCAAAAGUUCCUUUUCGCUGACGGAACGAAAAGUGAAUGAACUUGAAGAGGAAAACGGCGUCCUCUCUUCACAGAUGCGUACAGUGCGUGCGCAGCUGUCUAGGUGUCAAGCUGAAGUUGUCAGGCUGACAGAAAGCCAAGCGUCUCUUCAAGAGGAGUGGAGAACCAAAGAGGACUACUUAAACUCUGAACUUAGUCAAGCCACUGCACAAAAGGAGCUGCUGACUGAACAAAUUCAGAUACUCCAGGGAAAGAUAUCAUGUUUGGAAGAAGAAAUUAGAGCAGCCACAAAGCAAGAUGUUGGCGAAAACAUGGGACCAGUUAUUGAGAGAGAUGAGCUGGAUUGUGAAAUUGUCCGCUUAAAGAAUGAGCUGGACAGCACAUUUUGCUGCUUGAAGAAGGCCGAGGCCAACGUGGAGGCUAAAACGCAGCAGCUUUCAGACUUUGAGCAAAAAAUCGCCCAACAAAAAGAACAACUGGAGCAACAAAAACUGUACAUUAAAGAUAUUGUUCAGGCCAAGGAUCGGAUCUUGAUGGAGCUGCAAAAGGAAAUCUCUGAGCAGAGAAUAGCCCUUCAGAAAGAGAUUGAGCAUCUUAAAUUUCACCUCGAGCAAGCGGAGCAGCAGAAAGCCCAGCAGAUUAGUGAACUACAGAAGGUUAUUGCUGCUUUACAGCAAGAACUGGACACCCUUAGGGAAACUAGUCGAGAAAAGGAACAGCUCCUUGAUCAGACCAAACAAAAAGUGAAAGAGCUCGAAACCAAGUUUGAAGAUCUAACAUCAGUCUUGGUGGAUAAAGAUAAUGAAAUUAACAUUCUCAAGAAAGAAGUUAACGUUUUUACAAUUGAAACUAUGAAAACUAAAAAUGAAAUUGAAACCAAAGACCAACUGCUGUCCCAGCUACAUCUGGAGAGUUCUAACCAGCAAGACAUUCUCCAGAAUCAAAUCCAGACUUUGACGGUUGAAGUUGAAAACCUUGGUUUGACUGUCCAACGCGCUGAACAGGAAGUCCAACUUAAACGUGAUCUUUUGGCUCAAACCAAACAAGAGUAUAUCAAGGAGAAGGAUGUACUUCAGCAACAGAUUGCAACCAGUGAGGAGGAGACUUGCAGGCUUCGCUCAGAGAUCGAUGCCAAAAAUGAGCAGCUUGUCAUCUUACAGAAGGACACUUCCAAUCAGUCUGAAAUCCUCCAAGAGCAGAUGAACCAUCUUACAAGUCAAGUUGAAAGCCUUACUAACUCUUUGACAAAGGCUGAAGACAAUGUCAAGUCUCUGCAGGAGCUUCUGGUGAAGCAGGAGCAGGAAAGUGCUGGUCAAAAAGAUCUUUUGCAGCAGCAACUGAUUGCUUCUGAAGAGAGUGUGAGGACAAUGCAAGUGGAGAUCCAGACUAAGGAGGACCAAAUCACUUCACUAAAUAAGCAGUUUUCAAAGAAGUCGGAACGUCUUCACCAAGACAUCCAAAGUUUGGAGGAACAGGUAAAAAGCCUCAGUUUAUCCUUGAAGAACGCUGAAGGGAAUCUGAAAUCCAAGGAGACUCUUUUUGCCGAGCAGCAUUCACAGAGUACCCUGCAAAUCGAGGCACUGCAGACACAGAUGAUUUCUUCUCAGCAAGAAGUGAGCAGACUGAUUUCACAACUUCAUGACAAAGAGGAGCAGCUCAGUCUGCUCGCGAAUACAAGCUCUGAGCAAUCUGAAUUGCUUGAAAAGAAGAUUAAUGGUCUGGACAAACAACUGGAGAGUGUGAACGAUUCUCUCCGAAUUACCAAGGACCAAGUGAAGGCCAAGGAAGAUUUAAUUGCCAAGCUGGAGAAAGAGAAUUCUUUCCACACAGAGACACUCAAAAAGGACAAUAUGGAGCUUUUGGAGGAGGCCAAACAACUCAAGGAGGAACUCCAAACCAAAGAAAGCCAGUUUAACCUAUUUAAGGUAGAGAGCAGCGAGCAGUCUGAGGUGCUGAAGGAUGAGAUUGAGGCUCUUAAGAACCAAAUAAAAAAGCUAACGGAAUCUCUUCAAGCUACACAAGAACAAGUCAAAGCAAACGUUGAUCUCCUGGCAAACAAGGAAAUGGAAAUUUCAAAGGAAAGGAACAAGUAUGAAAGCUUAAUGGAGUCCUCUUCAGAGCAGGUGACCACGCUGAAGGAGCGUAUACGGAAUCACGAGGAACAGCUUGUGACUUUGAAAGAAGAAGAUUCUUCACAAACAGAAAUGCUACAGAAGGAGAUGAGUCAGCUCAAAGAGCAGUUGGCAUUGAUGAACAAUUUGCUCUCCAAAGCCGAGCAGAGGGUUCAGGCCCAGUUGGCUGUGAUAACCGCACAGGAGCAGGAAUGUGCUCACCAGAAAGAGCUUCUGCAACAUCAGCAGUCUGCGUCAAAGGCUGAGAUAAGAAAAAUGACGGCGGAGAUCCAAGUUGGAAAGGAACGUAUCAUGCAAUUGAAUGUCAACUCUGAGGAGUCUGGUCAAGAGGUGCAAUCUUUAAAGGAACAAGUACAGUCUCUUGAAGUUUUUCUCAGAAAGGCUGAAGAAGAUGUUCGAUCUAAAAAUGAAUUGUUGACGCAGCAGAAGAUAGAAAUAGACAUAACUCUUCAGGAGAAGCAACAAAAAGAUGAGCUACAAGAGAAACAGAUUUCCUCCUUUGAAAAUGAGAUCCUUAAACUCAGAGAAUGCUGCGAUGAGAAGCAAACACUCCUCAUCAAGACUGAAGAGCAACUUGACAUGCUCAAGUCUGAGUUGGUUGCCGUCAAAACACAAUCAGACGAGAAAGACCACAGCCUCGACACCCUCAGCGCUGAGGUUGCCGCCCAAGCUAAAUUGCUUGAAAAAUCAAAACAAGAAGCUCAGGACAAUGCCAACAUGCUUGUGAAGAUCCAGGACGAAGCAUCCCAACAAAACAUUGCACUUCAGCUUGAGGUAGACGACCUUAAGAGACAUUUGGAAGUCAUUACCCAAGAACUUCAAGACAAAGGCCAAGAGUUACUUCAAAGAAAUCAAGGAUCUGCGGAGCUAAUGGAGAAUCUGAAGAUGCAGCUGUCUGCAUCACAGGCAGAGGUGAGCAAGAUGAAGGUGGAGAUCCAAGCUAAAGAGGAAUAUGUCAUGCAAUUGAAAGACGCUAACUUUGCGCAGUUGGACUUGGAUGUUCAAUUUAAGAGUGAUCAACAGCAGGAAGAAGCUGACAGAACCCUACAGAAUGACAAGCUCCUACAAAAACAAAUUUCAUCGUUUGAAGAGGAGAUUCUGAAGCUCAAAGAAUGUAAUGAUGAGAAGCAGGAACUCCUCAAUCGGGCUGAAAAGAAACUUAACGUGCUCCAGACUGAGUUGGCUGCCAUGAAAACCAUAACGGCCCAAAAGGAUAAAGACCAGAAAGCUCUGGAGAAAGAAGUGGCUAUGCUGAUAUUGGAGAAGGAGAGACUUGUUCAGACCAAGCAGGCCACAGAAAGAGAGAAUUUGGCCUCACUUAAAAUGGAGCAAGCGCUCAAGGAAGAGCUUGAAUCAUUGAAGAUGGAAAAAGCUCUGCUCUUAAAAGAAAUGGAAAAAAAACAGGAGACCAAGUGGAUCAAGAAGGAUUUGCAGGAGCAACUUGUGGCAAAAAUGGAGGCUGUGGAACACUACAAAGCUCAGAUGGAAAAGGCUGUGAGUCAUUACAAUGACAAGAAACAGCUUCUCCAGGAGAGCCAAGAGGAAGUGGCCAAGCUGAAGCACACCCUGGAAGUAAAAGAGCGGGAAGUGAACGCCAGUGGUACGGAGCUCAAAUUGCUCCAGCUGCAAUUGGAAAAGGCUCAAAGCAAGGAAAAGGACAUGCUGAGCAAGCUGGCCCGUUUGGAGGCACAGGUGGCCUUUUCUGACCUCAACCUGCACGCACACAAUCAAAUCCCCGACCGUCAAGGAGAAACAUCGGAGAUGUGUUACCUGGAACUUCCAGACGUGAACUCAAAGGUUCUUCAAGUGGAGCCAAAGAGAAUGAUGAGCUCAGACAGUCUGGACCAAAGCUCCCUCGAAGACUCGCUGAACAGCACAAGGAAGCUUUCGGCGCCUGGUGAAUCGAGCACGCCGCUUGUCCGUAGUUCUGAAAGACUGGCGGCCAAACGUCGUGGUCUGAAGGCAGAGUCACUGGAAACUCUUUAUUUUACACCAAUAAAUACAAGACACGUCCACAGAGCAACUGCGGAAAUCAAAACAGAAAUGGAUUUCCCUUGCUUAAACCCAUCGUCAUCUGUCAAAAGACGGAGGACGACGCAGGUUAUAAACAUAACCAUGACAAAGAAAACUCCAGGUGGCGUUGAACAUGAUGAGACGUUCUACAGCCUGGCUUCAGCUCAAUCGCAGCCCAACCUCUCCGGUGCCCGUGGCGCACGCCCUGCGUUCAUGGAGCUCUCCGACACGCCGGCGAAAAUGACCGGAGCUGUCAGCGACCAGCUCAGCGGUCUUCCUGGUUAUCGGCGGAGCACGAUCCAUUCGCAGACCACAAGUACGUUUUGCGUCGGGGCAGUGAACGAGCCAGAAGGUGCGCCUGAUGAUUGGAUGAGGAUUGCUGAGCUCCAGGCCAGGAACAAAGCCUGCCUUCCUCAUCUCAAGAGCAGCUAUCCUGUCGAGUUUGAGAAUGGCUUCAAGACCGCGCUGACAUUCACCGACGAAGAUGUCCGCACUGGUGACCCAACGGAGACCAUUCGUCGAGCAUCCGUCAUGCCGGGCCAGCUGCAAGAAUCCGUCGCUUCCCAUCGCCUCUCCCUUGCAGCGCCACACUCGAGUAGCACAUCCAGCAUCCGCUCUCACCGUCUGUCCUUGAUGGCGGGCUACCCACCAUCUAAAUCGGUCAGCUCGUCUCAGCUGAAAAGCCCGAGAUGCUCAAAGAGGUCUGCGUCCACGUUGUCUGUUACUCAGACUUCACCCGAGAAAAAAAUGAAAGCUACCUGCUUCCCCCGUCCCCUGACUCCUAAAAACAAGAACAUGAACAGCGGAUCCACCAACUCAAACCUUCACCCCGCCCUUAGCCCGGUUGACCGCAGGGAGUCCAUGAUGUUCACCAUUGAGAACACCCCUAAGAACAGCAGCAACUACCUCAAAAGAGGCCUGAAUAAACUCCGUAGCUCCACCCGCAAGUCACCAGGCAAAACCUCCAAGAAAUCUCCCGUGAAGACCGCGCACAAAGAAAAUAAACAGGCCGCCACUUCUCGUGCUGUGGCGGGCCGAGUUGGAAGCUUCAAGUCACCCCAAGUGGUCGCCAAAGAAAACAAGAAGACGUCUCAAAAUGUUGUCAAGUCUCCACGGUUGACGGAAAGCGCUCGUAAGGAAUGAGUCCGUCAAUUACAAAAAUCUUCCUGGAAGAAUGACAAGGUCUAUGAUCAAUGAAAAUGAUUUGGUUGCUGCUUUUAGUUUCUUGUACCGUAUUUUCCUGGACUAUAAGGCACACCUAAAAACCUCAAAUUUUCUCAAAAGCCGACAGUACGCCUUAUCCGUCCGGUGCGCCUUAUAUAUGGACCAAAUUCCGUCCUGCGGGCCAAAUGCGGCCCGCGUCUAAAUUUAAACCGACCCGAAGCAUUGUGUCAUAAAAUCAAUCAUAAGUGGCCCACCGAAGACUAUGAAUCACGAAUCAAAAAGACUCUGGAUCAUUAUUUCGUGAUUAUAAAGUAAUUUGUUGCGUCUGAAGUUGAAAUAAA